GCGACGAAGAAAUAUUCCAAGUCAGCGCGACGAAAGGACCGUCACGAAAAUCCAAGAGAGAAGGACACAAAGACUGAAGAAGAAGAAAUGUAAUCAUUGUUAUUACCGCGACCCUGAAGAUCGUAUGUGACUUGGGUCCAUCCGCGAGGACGAGAGGACGAGAGGGUAUUCUAAGAGGCACAUUAUCUUGAUAGCCAGUAAGUACCCUUGACAUCGCGCCCUGCAGUCGAUACCGAGAAGACAUUCGAUACGCAAAAAUGCGGUAGCGCAGAGUCGAAGAGCGAAUUGGAGCCAAUCGAGACCUAGUAUGGCGCGAUAGUCGUUGCAAUGCGUGUGGCUAUCUACUUACUACGAACAAUGCGCCACAAGAUAAAAUAAACGUCAACACAAACGUGACAGAUAAAAAGCGCAGAGCUCGGCUGACAAUAUAGCGUCGACAUCCUUUCGUGUGUGAAGAGAAACUGAAACGCACUGAUAAUUCGUGCCAAAUAAGCAUGAUAGCUUCUCACGAUAAUCGGACGCAAUUCGUGCCGUGAACUAAACGUGAAUCCCACGUCGUUUCGAGGAGAUUUGGGAAAUGCAAAGACAUGCUGACCACUGAGAAUCCUGAAGAAUCGCCAAAGCGGCGAUCUACGUUCUACGUGCCAUUGGACGGCAGCGAGUCGGUGCGGCAACCGAUUACAAAACUGACUAAAGGCCACUCAGCAGAUGGCAGUUGUGAAAAAUUUGCCUGCAACACCUUUCCCAUCGGCAGCACGUCGAAGACGCCAACGUCCGGGUCGCUUACGCGCACUUUGAGCAACAAUGAUGGCUUUACAUCGAGGAGAAAUGCAGAUGAGACGUUACCCGAGGUGAGAGGGAAGGUGCAGUCGUUGACGAGAAUCUUCGAGACGUCCAAGUGCGAACGGCCGCCCGGGACGUCCAGUGGUCAAACGGAACAGAGGAAGAAAGUCGAGAGAACGAGGUCGUUCAAGACUAUCGAGCGAUUCCAAAGCCGGUUCACCGGCAGGAAGGACUCCAGCAAUAGGAAGGAUAAUCGUUUGAACAACACCAUUGCCUGCUUCGAGGUGGAGAACGAUGCCGGAUGUAGGAAGAAGCCGACGAAUGCCGACGAAGAGAAACCCGCGGCGAGAAUCGUCAUCGAGUCAGCUCCGAAGUCGGCUGGAUCCAGCCGCGAGCAUAGAAUCAGCCAUCAGGAGCCCAGGAUUAAGCAGAACACGACUCUCACGAAUCUUCUGAUCCGUAGGACUCACAGCACCAAGUUGGCGAGGAGCAACAGCACGUUGGUACGGCUCGGAAGGCACGCUUCCGUCGAUAGUCCUUGCACCGUUGAGAAAACGGAUGUUCGUGCAAAUAACGAUAGGUUCAAGAACGAAGAGACCACCGAGGAUCCCGCUGUCGCUGAUGAUGAAUGCAUCGAGUCGUCCGUCUUCGAGGACGCCGAUAUCGAUGGCGGAAUACACUCAGAUACAUCGUAUGAGAAGGCUUGUCGAAGGGGUAGCGCGCCCGCCACUCCCGUGCUUGGCGCACGACCCCUGGAUGUCACCCCAAACAGGAUUGUUAAUUUCUUCUCGAAGCGAUCGUUCCGGUCGAACCCUCUGAAGAGAACGAAGAGCGUAACAAAGCUCGAGCGGCAAAAGCAACGGGGCGCCGGUCUCCGAGGAUGCCGUUCACACGAGUCUCUGCUGUGCGGUCAGGCGGUGACCUCGAUGGACCUCGCAGCGGUGACGCCGCUGCAUCCGAGUCUCCUCGGCAGGCCACACUGCUUCCAGGUCACGCCGAGUACUGGCGGGCCGAAGUAUUUCAGUUGCAAAACCGCUCACGAACGGGACCAGUGGUUGCUCAGCUUAAGGAAAUCCGUUCAGCCGGAUGCGGAACAGACACGUCGAACGGACAAUUCGCUGCAGAUUUGGUUACUGGAGGCGAAGGGCGUGCCUGCGAAGAAGCGAUAUUUUUGCGAGGUCUGUCUCGACAGCACCUUGUAUGCGCGAACAACUGCCAAGCUGAAGGCCGACUUGUGCUUCUGGGGCGAGCACUUCGAUUUCCAUCAUUUACCUUCUGUCAAUACCAUCCAGGUGAACCUGUACAGGGAAGCAGACAGGAAAAAGAAGAGAGACAAAAAUGUUUUAAUCGGUUCCGUCAGUAUACCAGUACACAAUGUGACAUCGCGUUACUUAACAGAGAAAUGGUAUACCGUAGUAGGUGACAAGGGACCUCUCAAAGAUCCUCCUGCACUAAGAGUAAAGUGCCGGUUUCAGUCCGUUGACAUAUUGCCGGUUCAAGUGUAUCAAGAGUUUCUGGAAUAUCUGAAAACUGAUUACGCGUCGCUAUGCGAAAAAUUGGAACCCGUCAUCGGCGUCAAGGCGAAAGAAGACAUCGCGACUGCCUUGGUAGCAGUGAUGCAACGGGAGAAAAAAGCGCCGCAAUUCCUCGCUGAUCUCGUCAUGAUGGACAUUCAUCGAAUAGAUGAUGAAAGACUCACUUUUCGAGGGAAUUCCUUAGCCACGAAGGCAAUGGAAGCUUACUUGAAAUUGACCGGGGACAGAUAUUUACAAGAGACUCUGGGAGCCGUUGUGAGAGGAGCAGUCGAAGGCGGCGAUUGCGAAGUGGAUCCACUCAAGGUCGCUUCCGUCGCUGCGUUGCACAAACAACAGCAGAACCUUCGCAACGCCGUAGAGCUGGCUUGGAGCAGAAUAUUAUCAAGCCACGCUCAUUUUCCGCUAGAAUUACGCGAGUGCUUCCGCAUUUUCCGUGAACGUCUGGCCGAUCUGGGCCGCGAGGACAUUGCAGACAAUCUUAUCUCCGCAUCGAUCUUUCUAAGAUUCCUUUGUCCUGCCAUUCUCAGUCCGUCUCUCUUCAACAUUACGCACGAAUAUCCGAAUGAGAAAGCAGCGAGAAAUCUCACUCUGGUUGCGAAGACGCUUCAAACGCUUGCGAACUUUACGAGAUUCCAAGGCAAGGAAAAUUUCAUGGAAUUUAUGAAUGAUUUACUUGAACGCGAAGCUCCGUCUAUGAAGAAUUUCUUGCAGCUAAUUAGCAGUCCACUACCAAAGGAUGCACCAACUAAUAACUCGCUUGAAUUUGAUGGCUACAUAGAUCUGGGCAAACAAUUGUCUCUGCUGCAUGCUCUUUUACGAGAAAGUGUGGCAACGGUAGCUCCAUCCUCGCCAUCAAUGCCACCAUCGCGAUUACCCGAGAUCCUUGAUAGAAUCUCCAUAGCUCUGGAUCAACCAGGUCCGAGUCCCGUCCCCCCCACACAUCGUUAUCCGAACUUACAAAAUAAUAUUUUCCGCUACAAUGAUCCGACGAUCGCCAACAGCAACUCGAAUCUCUCCCUUUCGGCCACGUCGACACUGAGCAAUCACAGUACUAUAAACGGCACGAUCAGAGAUAGCAAUGAAGUGCUGCAAACCAACACUCUAGGUCACAAUAGUUCGCGCAGUCCAAACGUCACAAGAGCAGCGACUCUACCGCGAAACGCUUACAUGCCAACGAACGGCAAGUUGCAGCUGCAAAUCAACUCAGACGAUUAUCCUUUGGAGCCGCCGGCGUUCGUGUCGCGUUCGCCAACACCAAUCACGCGGCAACAUAGGCCACUUGGUCCCAAUCGAUCUGGACCAGGUUAUAGACUGACAGCCAGCGCGAGCCUGGCAAACGUCAAUCACUGCCAGACUCAUCCAGCAAGCCCCACGCGUUCCGAAAGUCACAACAAUUUGAAAGAUUCCAAUUAUAAUAUCACCACGUCGCCUCAAAACAUCCAGUCGAGUAACGGUAGUAUUGUUUCUCAGCAGCAACAGCAGCAGCAACAGCAUCGGCAUAACAUCGCACGUCUCGCGCAAAAUCUUGAUAUUCACGAAGAUAAUUUUAAUCAUAACAAUUACAACGUAUCGAGAUCGGCCAGCCGGAAUCAUUGUCACAAGGAAGAGAACGCUAAUCAGACCCAACAGCGCAAUUAUAACAAUGUCUCGAAGACCACAGUGAAUGCUAACGUGGUCGUUAAUCCGCCUACGAAUCUCACACUGUCAAUCAAUCAUCAGCCCAACAAUAAUUACAAUACUUCAAAGGGAAACAACGCGUCCGCUAACGGCAAUCUUGAUGAGCUAUCUGAUUUACUAAGAUACGCGGACGAUGAAGUGUCGGAAUCCAAGUCACAAAAGGGCUCGCAAAUCUCCAUCUCGCAAUUAAGCAAUGUGGCUUCCUCGGGCUAUCAAAGCUUCGCCGCUUACAGUCAGAGCUCCAGUCCAGUGGAUCUCAGCAGUAACAAUGCAAACGCGCACAUUCUCAGUACGGCGCCGUUGGCAUUUGCUAAUCCUGUUUACCACAUGGACUCGAAUCAUGCGAGAACAGGCAGACGAGGCAGCAGUAGUUCCGAAGAGAGAGAUGGUAGCGGCGGUGGCGGUGUCGACAGUGUAAGAGGCGUCGAUCUAAGCCCCUCGCCACCGCCCAAAAAUAACGUACGAAAUCAUCAGAGGAACGGUCAAAACCAAUGGCGACAAAGCAAUCAGACUCACAGAAAUAACUCAGAGCACGCGCAGGAUGUUUGCUGCACGAAGCUCCGAAGAAGACUCUCCCUCGAUUCUACAAGAGAUCUGUCGGACACCAGUGAGGAAGAAAAUUGCACCACCAGGAGAAGCAAGUCUCGCAGUCAUCGAAGUAUCGAUCAGUACGAAGUGGAUCUGUAUGAGGUGGAGAGGCUACAGAAUAGCGUAGAUCGGCUGCGAUUGCGCGCGCGAUUAGGUGCCAACGAGGAUGCUGAUUUAGAUCUCGCGUCUGACACCAACAUGAAGAGCAUCAUUUCCAGGUUAAUCUCCGUGGAGGAGGAACUACGUCGCGAACAGCAGAAGAUGUCGGCGGCGUUGUCGUACAAGCAGCGCGUGAUCGACGCGCAGGAACAGCAAAUAGCUGCCCUGGGUGCUGCGAACUCGCGUCUCAUGUCGACAAACGCGAGCCUGCUUUCGGCGCUGAGCAAGCAACGCUACAAUGCCAAAUCCCAGGCCAACAGUGAAGCUGCACCGCUACUACAGAAUAUCGCCGAUAUCGGUGAGCUUAAAAGCUCAUCGUGUUAAGCGACGUUAGAUCGAGAAUCAAGAAAACGAGAAGGAAUCCUUGAAUGGAGAAAACGUUUUCUUUGAGAAGUCUUGUGCUGCAAUACGCAUUAUAAAUGGUGUCAUUAAUGACGACAUUUAUCCUCUCUGAAUAAUCUUGCAGCACCUCUAUGAGGUAGUCGAUUUGUUGCAAGAGAGAUGAGAAUUCCGAACUAAUCAUUAGUUAAAUCUAUGCGAAUUAACGUCGUUCGAAGAAAAUAAAGGAAAAUUAUUCAGAGAAGCGUGAGGAAAGCAUGGAUCUUCUUUGAUUGCAAUUCGUGAAUUCCACGAGUCGUUUAAUCGACGCUCAUUACCUUUCGAUCUUGAGAUUACGCGCUCGAAAAAAAAUUUUAAACGUUCAGCGCGAAUGAAUAGACCCGGUGUCGACCUGGACUCGCGAAACUCGAGGAUGCGGAGUAUCGUGCUAGAAAACAAUAUAGACUGCGACAUAAGAGAGAAUGGCGUGCGAGAAAUAGAGGCUAUUUAGUAAAUAGGCAGACCGAAUAAGUAAACAACUUUCGUCGAAUUUAUAUAAUGUGACAUAGCGUAAGCUAGGUUUAUUUGUACGCGAGUAAGAAGAAAAUCCACGGCUCAUCCAAGGUUCGAUCAUGGAAAUGACGCCCUGAUUGCUUGAAUGACGAUCGACUCGCGACAGUGCUGACCAGUGAAAUGAAUAUUUGUGACUGCGAGUCUCCCAACGGCGACUUUGCUUCGUUCGAUAUGAACGAAACGAAAGUGGCAACGAGA